UUUAUUCAAACGAUUAGGGCACUUCCCCAAGUCCAACCCAACUAACCUCCUCUCUCUCUCUCUCUCUCUCUCUCUAGAAGCUAAAACAGAGACCCUGAAGUGCGUGAUUCUUUCGGAUUAUCUCGGUGUUGUUUUCUCGGGAAAGUCGGUAUGAAUGGCGAUGGUGGAGGAGGAGGUGAAGAAGCUGUGAAAAUGGAGGAAGUAAAGGAGAAGUUAGUGUUCAUGUGGGGGUACCUUCCCGGAGCUCUGCCGCAGAGGUCGCCGCUGCUGUCUCCGGUGGCGGUUAGGCUUCCGCCGUCGAUUGGAGACGGAUGCUCGUGGAAGGAUGUUUAUGGCGGCGGUUGCGGAUUUGCUAUGGCCAUUUCAGAGUCCGGAAAGCUCAUUACAUGGGGUUCAACAGAUGAUCUAGGUCAAAGCUAUGUUACAUCCGGAAAGCAUGGGGAAACGCCAGAGCCUUUUCCUCUACCGUCAGAAGCUAAAAUAAUAAAAGCUGCAGCUGGUUGGGCACAUUGUGUUGCAGUUACAGAAAAUGGAGAAGUGUACACAUGGGGUUGGAAAGAGGGUGUUCCCUCUGGGAAAGUAUUUGGAGAUUCAUCUACAGCUGUAAUCCAAGAGAAGGAUGCUUUUGAAAGACACAGUUCAUUUUUGGCAGAACAAGUGAGUCCCCGCCCUCAGGGAUCAAGAUCAUCUGGUGGAACAGUGUCCAGUGUAGACGGUAGAGGAGGUGGGGAGGAAGGUACAAAGCGUAGACGAAUAUCAUCAUCUAAGCAAGCUGCAGAAAGCACACCAUCUGGUGAUGAAACUCUCUCAGCAUUGCCAUGUCUUGUGACAUUGAACCCGGGAGUAAGAAUUGCUACUGUUGCAGCUGGUGGGCGCCAUACAUUAGCAUUGUCAGUUUCAGAUAUAGGACAGGUGUGGGGUUGGGGUUAUGGAGGCGAGGGGCAGCUAGGUUUGGGGUCCCGGAUACGGAUGGUGUCCUCUCCGCAUCCUGUUCCUUGCAUUGAUUCCUCUUCUUUUGGGAAAGAUAGAUCUGCGGCCCUUUCACGAGGAAGCUUGAGCUCAGAGGGACAAGGUUUUAGAGUUCCAGGAAGCUAUGUCAGGGAAAUUGCCUGUGGAGGGAGACACAGUGCAGUAAUCACUGAUGCUGGAGCACUACUUGCUUUUGGAUGGGGACUCUAUGGACAGUGCGGGCAAGGAAGCACAGAUGAUGAGCUCAGCCCUAUAUGUGUAUCUAGCUUACUGGGUAUCCAGAUAGAGGGCGUGGCUGCAGGACUCUGGCACACCGUCUGCAUUUCUGCUGAUGGUGAUGUUUAUUCAUUUGGUGGGAAUCAAUUUGGGCAGUUGGGAACUGGCACUGAUCAGGCUGAGACACUUCCCAGGCUUCUUGAUGCUCCAAGUUUGGAAAACAAUCAUGCAAAAAUAGUAUCUUGCGGUGCUCGUCACAGUGCUGUAGUCACAGAUGACGGUAAGGUGUUCUGCUGGGGAUGGAACAAGUAUGGCCAGCUUGGCUUGGGCGAUGUAAUCGACCGCAACAUUCCUUCUCAAGUUCCCAUUGAUGGUUGUGUCUCUAAAAAUAUCGCAUGUGGCUGGUGGCACACUCUUAUGCUUGCUGAAUCGCCUACUUAAGGUGUGUUAACUCGAAAGGGCUCGAACACAGUUUUGUUAGGUUAGUAGUUUCCUCCAUUGAUAUAUAAACAUUUGAAUUUUAUGUGUAUGUACAUACAUCAGUAGUUUGUAUACAUAUGCAUAUAUAUAUGUAUGCAAGUAAUCAUUCUUUCAUGGUCAAGGUUCACCAUGAUUGGUGUCGUUUUUUCAGCAGCAGGCAGCACCGCUGCCACAGGGGAAUGUGUUUUCUGAGAUGUAUAACAAAAACAAAGUUUUAGUUCAUUGUGGAUAUGCAUAAUGCAUUCUGAACUAUCUGAUGUAAACUAAGCCUUCAAACGCUGACUUAUGUAUGGGGUUGUUUCUGGAUUCUUUUCAA